CUGCGUGUGUAGGGUGACGCAGCAAGCUCUAGCGAUAUCAUACAGCCCGGUAUAUAAAUAAUAUCCAAACUACGGGAGGGAUGUAAUUAGAGAAGGUUUGUCAGACCCACAGGAAUUUAGAAUGUUGCUUGAUAUUUCGUUGAGUUUGUUUGCGCUCCUCUGUCUUUGUGAGAGUGGUCAUUAUACCCUCGAGAAUAAGACAGGUGAUGGCAGUCUUGGAGCUGAUGGCAGCCUCGGGAAUAUGGUGUUUCCGGAGGGAGCAGGUCUGGAGAGCUUGUCACUGAUUAUUGAACGGGCAAAUCAAUCCUUCAUUAGGAUGAAAUCCAUAUCUACUGAGGCGGACAAAGCUGCCUCAGAAAUGGAAGAGCUGAUUAAUAUCCUGCAGAAAUUCCGUGUUAAGGAUGGAAGUACCGGUGUAGCUACUCCUACAGAGUCUGAUUAUCCUUCAACCCAGCUACCUCUUGAAGAAGAUGUUAGCUCUUCAGGGCAACUUCCCGAGUCGACUACAGAUGAAUCAGAAGAGGAAGCUGAGGAUGAAAAUUAUUCAGAGUCUGAUUAUCCUUCAACCCAGCUACCUCUUGAAGAAGAUGUUACCUCUUCAGGGCAACUUCCCGAGUCGACUACAGAUGAAUCAGAAGAGGAAGCAGAGGAUACAAAUUAUUCAGAGUCCGAUUAUCCUUCAACCCAGCUACCCCCUGAGGAAGAUAUUACCUCUUCAGGACAACUUCCUGAGUCGACUACAGAUGAAUCAGAAGAGGAAGCUGAGGAUGGAACCCCCUACACAACCCGCCCCGAAGGAUCAACCGAACCGCUAACUGUGUUCCCAGAAGCGGAUGAUCAAGCGCUACCGUUUAACUGCCAUUAUAAUUUUACCAGCCAACAAAUCCCCGGAAAUCCUAAAUCAACUUGUGCUACUUGGUUGUUAGAUAACUAUCAUAAACAUAAAGAGGGUUGGAGAUCUUGUCACGAUGCUGAUUAUCAUCGUUAUGAUGAAAGUGGGUUGUUUGAAAAAACAACGUGUUCCGACUACACCAGUCAAUGUGGAAGCGAUCAGACCGACAAGGCUUGCUGUGCAAUGGUGUUAUGUGAGAUUCAAAGAGUUACCUUUUUUUAUCAAGGGCCCAAUAAAAAAAUAGAAGAAGCUGAGGAAGACGAGGAGGGAACUGAACCUGAGGAAGGACCCCAUGAUUUAGCUACGGGUGCUUGCCAGGAUCGAUAUCAUCAUAAUCUUGAUAACGCCUGCGUCAAAUGGAUGUUUGAACACUAUCAUUUGGUCAAGACUCGGUUUCGUUGGCAGAGGUGCUCGGAGUUUGACUACAGUAAACAUAGUAAAAAGGGGUGCGGUAAGCUGAAAAGACAAUGCGAAAAAGCUGAAGCGAAGCAGCAGAGCUCUGCAAACGAGCUCUGCUGUGCGUCCAUAAACUGCUACGGUAGGAGGAGGCAUUUUCUGAGACUGAGCGGUUGAAGAACUUGAUAACUCGUGACGGCAUCACAUUUCAUAUGACGUCAUAUCUUUUCACUUGACGUCAUAUCUCAUCACGUGACGUCACUUCUAUUCACGUGACCUCAUCACAUCCAUAUGGACAUUAUUGUGGACGAUAAAAAGAUCUGGGAUUUUUAUAUUUUGUUGUCGAAUGUUGAGGAAGCAGAAAAUAAACUUGAGGGGGCUCUGAUAAUUGUUAAAUCAAUUGUAGCUGUUUCCCUGGUUUAUCUUAUAAUUAAAACGGACAUGAAUUGUGAAGGGACACAUAAAAUUUGGCAGAUUUAACUGUUAUCAUUAUCUUUAGCCAGCUGGCCUUUACUCCUUCCUCUUCUCAUUUUCUGGACAGCCGAACUGGUAAUUCAUAAUCUGGAGAUAAUAUUAUUUAUAGACUUAUUAUUAUAGAAUGUUAACAUAAUAUAAUACUCUGUUACAAAAUUAUUGUUUUUAUCUUCUCGAAGUUUCUCUUUAUAUGGUAGCUUAAUUUCAGUAUUAUAUACUUUUCACAGUUGAUUCGUUAGGAUUCAUGUGAGAGUAUUUCAUCAUUUAUCUCGAACUUUUAACAUUUUUUUAAAUGAAAUAAUUAUCAGUUUUAAAUGUAACAGCUCGCAAACUGCAAUGUUUUCCCAAUUCUGCAGUAAAUUUUACGGUGUCGAUAUGUCUUUCACGAUGGUUCAUUGCAGGUAAACAUUGUGUCCUUAUUAGAUUUAAGCUUCAGGAAUAAAAUAUGAGAUAAAUAACGUUGUUCGUUAAUUAAAUUACCAAUUGAGCCGAGGUUGUAUUUUUAGAAAAACACUGACUGAAGGGUAUAACGGGUUUGGAGUGCUGGUAAUUUGUGUUCUUGAAUCAUGAGUUUAAAUUAAUCAAACUUUAAUUAUUGUUCAGAUCUUUAUGUAUUGGAUUAACUUGUAGAUUUCGUAUAUUUAUCCGCAAAUGUAUACGCUGUUUCUGAUUUAAUGUGAAAAA